GCUGGUUGGGCCUUCGGCUCGCGCAGCCAUUUUCGUGCAUGCGCACACAAGCAAGCCUGCUUCCCUUUAUGUGUCUUCAUUUGACGCCCUCUCCUCCCCUCCCUCCCGCCCGCUUUGGUUGGGAGGAGAAAUUUAGGCGGGAAACGUACGCGCGCCUGGGGGCCUACUACAGGCCAGGCAAGUGGAGAUGCGGAAGGAGUGACUGCUGUCCUUGCUGGAUAUGUGUGGUGCAAAGCUACAAUUAGGAAGAGAGGAAAGAAUGUACAGCCUGCCCUCAAAGUGAAAGGGAUUGCUAGAAAAUGCUGGGUGCCUGUGGCAUGUGGAAGUGUCACCAGGAGGCCCUGAAAAGGAAUCGUGUGUCAUUAGCAAAACAGCUGGUGCUGAAGGAACUGCUGGAACACCUCAUAGAACAAGAUGUUAUCACUAUGGAAAUGGUGGAGAUUAUACAGGCCAAGGAUGGGAGUUUUAGCCAAAAUGUAGAAUUUCUGAACUUGCUACCGAAGAGAGGUCCCAAAGCCUUCCUGGCCUUCUGUGAAGCUUUACGAGAAACCAAACAGCAGCACUUGGAGGAAAUGCUCCUGAGCGCUAUUCCCAACCAGAGCAAUGGGACUGCAAGGUUGAAUCAUAACUUUGAGGAAAGUUUGUUGUUUCCUGUCCCUGAAUCGGGAAUCUUGCAGAAAAAAUCACGUUUGAAUAAUGAAGAACAAAUGGAUUAUUCCGUGGAUAAUGGAGAUGGUCCCCACUAUCCUCAAGUGAAGCCAUGUACACCAGAGUUCUACCAUGCUCACCAGAAUCUGGCAUACAGGCUGAUAUCGCGCCCAAAAGGUUUGGCUCUCAUACUUAGCAAUGUGCACUUCCGUGGUGAGAAAGAUCUAGAGUUCCGUUCUGGUGGGGACGUGGACCAUGCUGCACUUCAGAAGCUCUUUGAGUAUCUUGGGUACCAAGUGUUUCUACGGCAUGAUCAGACUGCACAAGAAAUGCAGGAAGAAUUGGAAAAUUUUUCCAAGAAUCCAACUCACAGAGAUGUAGAUUCUUGCAUAGUGUCGCUUCUCUCACACGGCAUAGAGGGUGGAGUCUAUGGAGUGGAUGGCAAGCUUCUUCAGUUGCAAGAGAUUUUCAGGCUCUUCGAUAAUGCAAACUGCCCCAGUCUGCAGAACAAGCCAAAAAUGUUUUUCAUUCAAGCAUGCCGGGGGGAUGAGACAGACCGGGGGGUGGACCAAAUAGAUGGAAGUGAGCGUGCUGAUUCUCCAGGUUGUGAAGAAAGUGAUGCUAAGACGCAAGAGAAUCCCAAGCUGCGCCUUCCCACGUGCUCUGAUAUGAUCUGUGGUUAUGCCUGUUUGAAAGGCACAGCUGCCAUGCGGAACACUAAGCGUGGUUCCUGGUAUAUUGAGGCACUCACCUCUGUGUUUGCUGAGGAUUCUCGAAAUACACAUGUGGCGGACAUGCUUGUGAAGGUGAACAGAUUCAUCAAGCUCCGGGAAGGCUAUGCCCCUGGCACAGAAUUCCACCGCUGCAAAGAGAUGUCAGAGUACUGCAGCACUCUCUGCCAAGAUCUUUACCUAUUCCCAGGGUUUUCCCCUGGGAACUAACUCUACCAUACCUGUCCUAAGGGCAGUAAUGGGGACAGUUUCCUUUGCAGCUAUGAAACAACCUGUCUGAAGUGGUCUGGGAGGUGCUCUUCAAUAUGGUAUCUAACAGGUGAUCUCAGACCCACCUAUUUCAGACACUGUUUGGUUGAUGAGCCGUUGUAUGUUGCAGCUUCUCUGUGUUUCUGCUGGUUUUUUAUGAACUACCUUGGCCUGUGGAAAAGGCAGCAUAUAACUUUGGUAAGUAAACAGACAGUGGCUAGGCAGGUUGGUUUUCUUCUCUGCCUGUGAAAGCUUUGCUAACAUCGCUAUUUCUGACAGAAUACGAUAAUGGUAGGUUCUUAUAACCCACUUUAGAUUUUCCGCAGUCUUUGCUUCUGUUUGGGCAUUUAUAUCAAACAUAAAUCGGAAGGAGCAAAAAAAUUGUUCAUAGAGGUUUUUUAAAAAAACUAUAGGAAAAAAUGAAAAUGUUUAGUUUUUUAAAGUGUUUUAUAGUUUUAUAAAUUUCUACUCUUUAAGAGAAGCUUGAUGUUCUUGGUUUAUUUGUGCCUCUGCUGACAGAAUAGCCCAUUGAGUUGAAAAGAGUAUGUUGUCCUAAAAAUGGAAGGAAGUGCAUCUGCACAGCUGCCUGCUCAUCUCUCGGCGGUGGUGCAGGAAGAGGCAAUUGCUGAUGCCUAUCAUUGAUGCUGCUGGCUGACUCUGAUUGGCCCCUGAAUCUCAUCCUUCUUACUUUUGCAGCAGAUCACAGUUGGUUGUUAGAGUCAAACCAAAGUGAUCCUUUAUUUUCUUCCCUAAAAACAGCAGUUGGAAAGUGGAAGUGAUUGAUUUUUGAGUUGUGCUGAAUGAGGUGGGUCAAGGGAGCUAGUUUAGUUCUCUCAUCCCGACCUCCCUCACAAGGUGCCUGUUGUGGGGGGCGGGGGCGGGGGCGGGGGGGGGAUGGUAAGCAUCGUCGAGACUCUUUGUAGCAAAGAAGACUAGGGUAUAAAAACCAACUCUUCUGUUGUUUUCGGAAGGUAGCACUGACUGCGCAAACUGAUUGCUUUCUUCUGAACGAGGAUGCAUUUGUAGGUGCAGUUCUCCUGUGAAUUGCCUGACUGAAGGUAACUGCUGAUUGCCUUAGGCCAAUUUAGAAGUUGCCUGUGAUUCAAACCCUGGCCUGACUAUCCUCUGCAGGCUGAUAUGAUGUUGAGCCACCUGGCAUUUCCAGGUAUACCAGGGCCUAAUAUGUUUUGGGACUGUGGUGUGGGGGAGAAGAGGUUUCAUCCAUCCAGCUUAAAGUGUUUAUCCGAGCCAGAACAGCCAGGGACAGGCAUAUUGCCCCUGCUGUGGGGUAGUGGAUGUACAGUGGAUGUGCUAACUACAACAUGUGGAGCCCUAACCCAGCCCAUCUGACAGGUAACCUCUAGUUUGGCUUUUAGGCAAGUGUUAGAACAGAAGGUUGGACUGUCGAUGUGUCUCACUGGAAUUGCCCCCUAUGGACAUGGGCUCAGGAGUACACUUUUUCCAUUAGCUUUCAGUGUCUGGGCUUCACUGCUUUAGUGAUCUAGCAGUGAUUUAAAGGUACUGUUACGUUAAAAACUCUACAUCCCUUAAAACCAUGGAGAAUUAGUCAAUUCAGCUAGCACUUUUUGCUUUUCUGCUACAUACAUCCUCAAUGUCAGCAGCCAAGGGGAAGGGUGGAGAAGUACAGUGUGAUGUAACACUGUUGAUACAUUUUAAAAAUUGGCAGUAUUGUAAUCAGUUCAUUUUGGGGAGACCUCAUUUUAGCAAAGAGGAAAAGAUCAGGAAACUUGUUUCUCCUUCUGCUUUCGUAAACAUUAUUUCACCUUCCGAGUUUUGUUCAUUGGAUUGUGUUUUGCAUUGCUGUACCUGUUAAGCUUGCAGCUGAGGACCAAAUGCGUUGCUCUUGGAUUGAAUCAGCUGUCCUUCUGCUCCAACUGCUUAUUCCUUUUUGGCCAAGAUUUUGUCCUUUAUUUUAAAACAAAUACAAUGAAGAAAACAAAAAAGUUAGAAACAUCUGGGAGUAACCAGAACUCUCAACAGUUCUUCACAUUGCCUGGUUGGAUAUUAAACUUAGAUAUAGGGGGAAAGUAUGGGGAGAGACUCAACCCCAGAUACAUCAAUAAUUCUAUGAGGGCCCAGCUACUUCUGACACUUAUAAUCAAAAUAAGUAUUUUAUACAAAACAAAGAUAAAUAGUUAAAAAGGAGAAUUCUGGAAACCAGGUCCCAGCAUAUAGUGCACAUAAAACACCCAGAUGUUGUUACACAUACAAUUGAUGAAAAUAGCAAAUCUUCAAAAUUAUUUUAAAUCUGGUAUUGGAUUGUCAGUUAUCUCUAAAUGUGUGUAACAUCAGCUGCAUUGAAGUGGUCCCUUCAGUUUUUGAAGAUUUUGAAGAUUCCAGUUAUCGAUGCAAGUACCAUGGAAGUAGGCCUUAGCCCCACUUAAAUAUUUUGUCAAUUGCACAACAGGUGAGAAGGCAACUCCUGGCUUGGUCUUUCAUACCAACUGUUGAAUGUGUGUUUUUGAAAUAUUUUGGCACUGAUGAAGGCUACAAGGGCCGAAGCAUGUGUGGUUUUGCAGGUCAUUUGGUAUUUUGCAGGUCAUCUGGUUUCCAGAAACCUUGCUUUUAAUGGUUCAGGUUUGUUUUGUGUAAUGUAUGCUCUUAUUAAAUACUUACUUUGAUUAUAAAGCUGUGGAAUUAGCUGGACCCUUAUAGAAACGUGGAUAUUAAACGUGGUCAAAUUUCCACACACAACUGAAAACUGGCCUGUGUUCCAGAGCUGUUGUUGGGAGGCAAGGCACAUUUCAGGGCCAGUUGGCAGCUCAGUUGUGAGAGCAGAAUGCCAAUUAGGAGUUCAUGUUUUUGGCAAAAGGAGAAGCAGCAUGGGCCCUUCCUCAUCCUAGAUGGUGCUCGAUGUCAGUGCAGCUGUCUCUUCCAUUCGUUGGAAAAGGGGAUCCCAUGUCUUUAUCACUGCCAUUUUUUAAUGAUAAAGUUUGUAUUAUAUUGAAUGUCUCCACGGGCAAAAAUAAAACGAUUCAGUUUUUAA